AACGGCUCCAAACACUCUCAUGUAGAAUUGUUUUGGUAAACUCGCAGAGCCGUGUGUAUUCACUGUGGCAUCUCGUAUAUAUAUAAUUUAUAUAAAGCCUCUCUUUCCCGGUCACUUUCAGUCACAUUACAUCACAAUGCUUGUUUCAGACUCAAACGCUAACAAAGCUCAAAACUCAGAAGUGGGUGUUUGAUAUUUAAGCAUUUAAGGCCUUCUGAAGCCCCGUAGACACUCAGAAAUGGAGCUUCUGCUAAUGGGUUCCUGAAUAUUUUGUUAUCCUCUAAAUUGGGUGUUUGGCAAAUAUUUCUUCUUGGGUUGCUUUGGAAUUGUGCUUUGGGUGGGAGGAGUAGAAGAAAAUGAUGAGCUUCAAGGAGUUUUGGACCAAGAAGACGUUGAUAGGUCUUGGCUUGGGACAGUUUCUCUCACUUUUGAUCACUUCCACUGGCUUCACAUCUUCUGAACUCGCUAAAAGAGGAAUUAAUGCUCCAACUUCACAGUCUUUUCUAAACUAUGUACUCUUGGUGAUUGUCUAUGGAAGCAUUGCGCUUUACCGGAACAAACCACUCAAGGCAAAAUGGUAUUACUACAUACCUCUUGGAUUGGUAGAUGUGGAAGGCAAUUUUCUUGUGGUGAAGGCCUAUCAAUACACAUCUUUGACAAGUAUCAUGCUUCUAGAUUGUUGGUCAAUCCCGUCUGUCAUGGUUCUUACUUGGAUUUUCUUGAAAACUAAAUAUAGAUUCAGAAAGAUAGUUGGUGUAGUUGUUUGUAUCGCUGGCCUUAUUGUUGUUGUUUUUUCGGAUGUUCAUGCUGGUGACAGAGCAGGAGGGAGCAACCCCCGUAAAGGAGAUGCAUUUGUUGUUGCUGGUGCUACGCUAUAUGCUGUCAGUAAUGUCAGCGAGGAGUUUCUUGUGAAGAAUGCUGAUAGGGUUGAACUCAUGGCAAUGCUGGGUCUUUUUGGUGCCAUAAUUAGUGCUAUCCAAAUAAGCAUUCUUGAGCGCAAUGAGCUCAAAUCCAUUCAGUGGUCAGCUGGGGCAGCACUUCCUUUUGUUGGAUUUUCGGUGGCUAUGUUUCUCUUUUACUCAUUAGUCCCAAUUUUGCUUAAGAUUAAUGGAUCCACAAUGCUUAACUUGUCUUUAUUGACCUCAGAUAUGUGGUCUGUCUUGAUUCGCAUCUUUGCUUACAAUGAAAAGGUUGACUGGAUGUACUUUGUGGCCUUUGCUGCUGUUACUGUUGGGAUUGUUAUUUAUUCAGGGGGUCACAUAGAGGAGGAUCAACGGCAUGCUGAUGUUACUGAUGAAGAUGCUGAACGAAGCAAACGUUUUGACGAGGAAGCUGGUUCAGGAAGUCGCUACCGAGGAACUGUAGCCUGGAGCUCAAAAACAGGGGAGAGCAGCAAGCAUGAUAUUGCUGCCACUAGUGGUGCACAGAGGGAAGAUGUUGAGAACAAGCACAUGGGAAAAGAUGUACAAGAGAAGAAAUCAUGAUUAAGAAUCAGAAUCAGGGAUAGCUCUCAUCUCUUUCUUAUUUGUGGCGGGAGCAGGAGUGGACUAAGCAGUGCUGCUGCCAUCAAGGUAGAGUUUAUAGAUUCUAUAUUGACCUUGGUGGGAUUUUCAUUUGAACAAUUUGAAUAAUAAGCAAUCAGGGCGUUGAAAAUAAAAAUGUAAAUCAGGUGCUGGUUCUCAA